AACUCUGGCUCUAAAUGAAAAUGAGUAAAUUUUCCCUAAGAUUUUCCCCACAAAAACGAUGAAAAAUAUAAAUAAUUGAUAAAAAUACAGUGCGGGAAAUAUUGCCGGUACCUUUGUGAUAUGAAUUUAUUAAGAAGACAACAUGUAUAAAGAAUUAAUAGCUAUUCUAGUGAUAAUAUUGCUAGCUAUAACUACCGUAUGUAAAGCGGAAUGUCAGACUCGGCAGAUCUACUGCUACGAGUGCGACAGCUGGUCGGACAUGCGCUGUAAGGACCCGUUUAAUUACACGGCUUUGCCCAAAGACCAACCCCCUCUGAUGACGUGCAAUGGAUGCUGUGUCAAAAUGGUCAGGAAUGCCAAAUCACCCUACGAAGUAGUUCGUCGCACGUGUACCUCGCAGCUGCAGAUCAACCUGUUCAUGGUGGACCACGUGUGCAUGAUGGAAAGUAGCGGGACGGGGCACAUGUGCUUUUGCGAGGAGGACAUGUGUAACGGCGGCACGCCACUGAUGCGACAUCCCUCCUCCACACUGCCCCACGCCAUCGCCACUGUAGUGACAGCCGUAGUUCUGCGCCUGCUCUGCAUGAUUAGUUAGAGAGACUCUUUUGGUUUUUCGUUCUUUCUUUUUUCCUCGAUUGAUUUAGUAAGAUAUUUAAUCUUAGGCUAGAUGCACACAGAAAGAAUAAGACAAUUUUAGUCAAAAACGUUUUUUACUAAAACUGUUUUCAUGUAAUGCCCAAAGCUGCAACAAGUAAUUUUCAAAAAGACUUAAAUCUUAAGCCCUUAGUCAUUUCUAAAAUCAAAAUGUAUAUCUUAAGUAUUUGACUUAAAUCGUUUUCUUUCAGUCAAGUCAAGAUUUCAGUCAACUUAAAUCAAUAUAAUGUAGUUUAAGACGUUUUUAUGACUUAAGUCUAUACAGGGUCCGACAAUAGUGCGUCGGGCAUCUGUAGCUCGUAGAAAAAAAAAACUUUAGAAUUUUGUUUAAGUGCAAACAUAAAGUGUGUAUCUACUAGGAGGUAUUUCCGGAAAAUAUUUUAACUUCUAUAGGGUAGCUCAAAAAAGUGUGAACGGAUCGGUAUGUUUUUUUUAAAUGGAACACCCUGUAUAUUAUUGCAUUUUUGGAUUCCUUUCAGAUCACUUUCCACAGUCUUAAAAUAUGAUUGAAUAUAUUUCUAUACCUUUCAGAGAUAUUAAUAAAUAAAUAAAUAAUAUAAAUUUUUCAGCCUUUCUUAAAAAAGUUAUUAAAAAUACAAGAACUGUCCUGAAAUCAAAACUAUAUCAGGUAUUUACUUUAGAUGGUCUGUACUUAUUUUGCUACAAAUAUGGUAACCGUAAAUCAUACAGGGUGUUCAAAAUUCUACGCCAAACUUUCUAAAAUAUAAAAUAAUUUUUCCUCAUUUUUUAAAUGGA